AUGACAAAUACGAUUUUUACAGAAGUGAAACAAAAUUAUUUUCCAUCAGGUCGAAAAGAAGUAAUAUUUAUGAAAACUUGUGAUGAUGAAGAUAAUUGUCAAACAAAUCCUAUUCAAGUUAAUAUACGUCUCGUGUUUUUACGAAUAGGUGAAAUUGAUACAUUAAAUGAAAAAUAUCAAGCCCAAAUAGCUAUUGAAUCACGUUGGUCAAUUGAAUUAGAUAAAAUUUCAUCGAAUUUAUCAUCGGAUGAAUUAAAUCGUUUACUUCAUGGAAAAUCGAUUUCACUUAUGAAAUAUGCUGAAACAAAUUGGCAUCCACAAUUAUAUGUUGAAAAUGCUUUGGGUGAUUUAAAAGAACAAAUAAGAUAUAGUGCAAAAAAAUCAAAAAUUGAUUCUCAGGUUUAUAUUUGUGAACAUCGUGAUGUUAAAGGUUUGUUUUGGGAGAAACUUGAAUUACAUCAUUUUCCAUCUGAUGUACAAGAUUUAUCUAUAUCAAUUGGAUCCAUGUUUUAUAAUGAUAAAGUUAUAUUAAUAGCUGAUCCAUAUUAUUCAAGUGGUGUUAAUCGUGAAGCAUUUAUUGAUCAACAAGAAUGGUCUUUAUAUGAACAUGUUGAUACACAACAAAGAUAUAUUAAAGAAUUUCUUUUUCGAGAUGGUCAUGAUGAAGAAGAAACAGAAUUUAAUUUAACUGAGGAAAGAAAACGUUCAUUUCUAACAAUUUCAUGUCAUGCAGCACGACGUUCAGAAUAUUUUUAUUGGAAUGGUUAUUGUCUUGUAUGUCUAAUAACAAUAUGUGCUUUUUGUACAUUUUCUAUUCCACCAAAUCUUCCACAAAGUCGUCUUCAAAUAACAGUUACUCUUCUUUUAACAUCUGUCACUUUUCGUUGGACUGUUAAUCGAUCUUUACCAACUAUAUCCUAUUUAACAACAUUAGAUAAAUAUGCGAUUGCAUCAAUAUUUAUUCUCACUAUAUUAUGUAUAUGGCAUGCAAUUAUUGGUACUAUAGUAUUUAUUUAUACAAAUGAAGUCAAAAUUGAUACAGAUAAUUUUUAUGUUUGGGUUGAUCGAUGUUCACUUUUAAUAUUUUUAAUUUUAUUUAUUUUUAUGCAUUUAUGUAUGAUAAUAUGGCUUUAUCGAAUUCCAUAUGGACAUCGAAGACAAAUGAAAAAAAUGGAUAUAGAAUAUCAAAAACAACUAAAAUUACAAACAAUAUUAACAAAAUAA